CACACACACUUCCAGUUCUAACCAUGGGCUGACACUCACUGACAACUCUUCGAUAUGCUACCAGAAUCGAUUCCCUGCAAACAAGUUUAAAGGGGAAGAAUCAAAAAGAAAAACUUUUUUUUGCACUCUUGAAAGCAGAUGAGAGAUGGCAAGAAUGCUGACAACCAAGAGCCUGGACUCUAUCGACUUGGCCUCAUUGAGAGAUCCUGCAGGAAUUUUUGAGCUGGUGGAAGUGGUCGGAAAUGGAACAUAUGGACAAGUCUAUAAGGGGCGGCAUGUGAAAACGGGACAGCUAGCAGCAAUUAAGCUUAUGAAUGUCACAGAGGAUGAAGAAGAAGAAAUAAAACUUGAAAUUAACAUGCUGAAGAAGUACUCCCAUCACAGAAACAUUGCUACAUACUACGGAGCUUUUGUCAAGAAAAGUCUAGCGGGUCAGGAUGAUCAGCUUUGGCUGGUAAUGGAAUACUGUGGAGCAGGGUCAGUUACCGACUUGGUCAAGAAGACAAAAGGCAAUUGCUUCAAAGAAGAUUGGAUUGCAUACAUAUGCAGAGAGGUUCUGCGGGGUCUGGCUCACCUCCAUGCUCACCACGUUAUUCAUAGGGACAUCAAAGGGCAAAAUGUCCUCCUGACAGAAAACGCAGAAGUGAAAUUGGUUGACUUCGGCGUGAGCGCCCAAUUGGACAGAACGAUAGGCAGAAGAAACACGUUUAUUGGAACUCCCUACUGGAUGGCACCUGAGGUCAUUGCAUGUGACGAGAAUCCAGACUCAACAUAUGACUAUCGGAGCGAUCUCUGGUCUUUGGGAAUCACAGCUAUAGAGAUGGCAGAGGGCGCUCCACCUUUAUGUGACAUGCAUCCUAUGAGGGCACUUUUCCUUAUCCCUCGAAACCCGCCUCCAAAAUUGAAGUCAAGGAAGUGGUCAAAGAAGUGCCUUAAUUUUGUCGAUACCUGCCUUAUUAAGAACUACACUCAUCGGCCUACAACCGAGACCCUGCUUAAACAUUCCUUUGUACGAGAUCUACCAAAUGAACGCCAAAUACGCAUCAUGCUGAAAGAUCAUUUGGACAGGACAAGAAAGAAGAAGGAAAAAGAUGAAACAGGAUAUGAGUACAGUGGAAGUGAGGAGGAUGACGAGGAGAUGAAUGAAGAGGAAGGCGAGCCAAGCUCCAUUGUUAAUCUUCCCGGUGAAUCGACUCUCCGUCGUGAAUUCUUGCGAUUGCAGCAGGAAAACAAGAACAGAUCAGAUCCUCAGAGACAGCAGCAAUUACAGAAGCUAAAAGACCAGGAGAAAUACAAAAAACAGCUCCUGGCCGAACGCCAGAAACGGAUCGAGCAGCAGAAGGAGCAGAGGAAAAAGCUGGAGGAUCACCAGAAGAGGGAGCUGGAGCUAAGAAAGAUCCAAGGCUAUGAGCAACGAUCAACAGAAUGGGAAGAGCAGAUAAGAGCUGGAAGAGGAAAAAACGACAGAAAACAGAUGGAUAAGGAGAGAUGUCUCCUGGCAGAUAUACCUGAUGGGGUUGAAAAGAAACAGUAUGGGGAUCUCAGGCAGAAAACAGAUGGAAAAAGCACUCCUACUGGAAUCUCACAUUCUCAAAUGCAAAAGACUGAAGAAACUAAUAAUCAGAGGAAGCUUCAUCGGACUUUACCCAAAGAUCAGACCCAGUUACUGUUUCUUCAACAUGACCAUAUGGAGAAGAAUGUACAGUCGCCAAAGAUCGCUUCAGAUCUUAAAAUCAUUGGAGCCAUGAAUGAUUUAAAGAUUUCAGAAAAGAGAAUCCCAAAUGUUGACCAGUGCAAUCUUAAAUGGACAGGCUUUGUACAACAGGCACAUUCCAGACUUGGGUCUGGAAGCAGUUCGAGUCCAUGUACACCAGCUUUGCCCAGAGCCAUUUUGGAGAAUGAAAAUCUCCGCUCCAGUCGAGACAAUCACUGCAGCAGUUCCCUUUCUGACAUGAUCAGAAGUCCUCUGACCCCAGGGAAAGAUGAAGUGUUUUGGGGCUCAGCGCAAGGUGAAGAACAGCCACCUAAGGUUCCAGAGAGGACCACAUCGAAGUUUUAUAAGGACAACCGAGGCCACCAAAGAAGCCCAUCUGGCAGCUUCCUCCAGCAGUCCAAGGAGCAGCCUGACCACCCAGCAAAAUGUAGCAGCAUGGCUGGGAAUGCCAAUCAGAGCAGCAGGUUAAAACCAGAGUCUCCAAAAGAUAAGCAAGUGGUACAGAAUUAUCCCCAGCAAUUAGAGAAGGCUGAAAAUGAAUUACAUCUGGAUUUCAGAAAGAUUUCAAAUCACAAUUUUGUGGCAAAAGGAAGUGAAAGUAACAGGUCCUACUUAAAAGCAUCAUAUUACUCCUCUUCCAGUGAUGAGAUUGGCAGCAGUGAUGAUGAUAUCCAGAAAAAAAGGCAACCAUUGAGCAAUGGUAUAUUGGACAUCUCAAGGACAAGACCUGCAGAUGGAAAAGCAGAGAAACCUCAGAGCAGCAAGCAUCAAGACAAGGCGGCUGAACAGCAAAGUUGUAGCAGCAAUCAAGGACUCUGGAGCUCUUACAAUCAAAAUUAUCUCCUGCCAGAUCUUCUGCAACAGAGCCAUCCUUCAGAGACCUCAGUGAAUCAGCACAAAACUCCUCAAAAAAGUCACAAGCCUGUGAACAAAUCUCCGAAUGAUCAGAUGCCAAAUGGCGAGAGUCCACUGCCAAAGAAUAGCUCAUCCUCCACUUCAUCAUUUAGUGCAUUCAUUGACCCACGGCUGCUGCAGUUCUCACCUCCAACAAGCCCUACAUGUUCCCCUAGUGGCACAAAAAUUGAGCCUUUCCGCAGAGAAAAUGCUAGGAAAGGCUCGGUUGUCAAUGUUAAUCCAACAAAUAUUCGACCUCAAAGUGACAGCCCUGAGAUUCGCAAGUAUAAAAAGAAAUUCAAUUCUGAGAUCCUCUGCGCUGCUCUAUGGGGUGUGAACUUGCUGGUUGGAACAGAGCAUGGCCUAUGGUUCCUGGACAGGAGUGGACAAGGCAGAGUUUAUUCCCUUAUAAGCAGAAGACGCUUCUACCAAAUGGAUGUUCUGGAAGGACUGAAUAUUCUCAUCACCAUUUCAGGCAAGAAGAACAAAUUGCGGGUUUAUUACUUAUCAUGGUUGAGAAAUAAAAUCCUACGGAAUGAUCCAGAAGUAGAAAAGAAACAAGGCUGGGUAUCUGUGGGGGACCUGGAAGGUUGUGUACACUACAAAGUUGUUAAAUAUGAAAGAAUAAAAUUCCUUGUUAUUGCUCUGAAGAACUCUGUGGAAGUGUAUGCAUGGGCACCAAAGCCAUACCAUAAAUUUAUGGCUUUUAAGUCAUUUUCAUCUCUGCAUCAAAAACCAUUAUUUGUCGACCUAACAGUGGAAAAUGGGCAGAGGCUGAAGGUUAUUUUUGGAUCUGCAGUGGGGUUUCAUGCCAUUGAUGUUGACUCUGGGACAGUGUAUGACCUUUACCUGCCCACACAUAUCCAGGGAAAUAUUCACCCUCAUGCAAUUAUCAUACUUCCCAAUACAAAUGGCAUGGAGCUCCUGCUGAGUUAUGAAGAUGAAGGCAUUUAUAUUGAUACAUAUGGACACUUCACAAAGGAAACAGUUUUACAGUGGGGUGAAAUGCCAGCCUCUGUUGCAUAUCUUCAGUCCAAUCAAAUCAUGGGCUGGGGUGAGAAGGCUAUUGAACUGCGUUCUGGAGAGACGGGAACUCUAGAAGGAGUGUUCAUGCACAAAAAGGCACAGAAGUUAAAAUUUCUGUGUGAAAGAAACGACAAGGUAUUUUUUUCAUCCAUACAAUCUGGUGGCAGCAGUCAGAUUUACUUCAUGACCCUAGGACAAAAUGUUCUCUUCAACUGGUAACUUGGUGUCAAGCAUCUUGGGAAUUGCAGACCACAGCGGUGGCUGUGAGACAAGCCUCCUAAAUGUGUGCACCAUAAACCAGAGACGGCCCAGAGGAGCUGCACAUUUAUAGUAAAUGUACCUCCUGAGUAGGAAGUAAGAAGGAACAGAGUCUGGGAAUGGCUUGUAGCAUUACUUAUAUCUCGUGGUUACAUCUACAGUUUGCACACGCCAUUUUCAGGUUUUUUAUUGAAGAAAUUGUUUCUCUGGCUGUUGGUGAACUAAUAUUGCUGAGAGCCGGAGGUCAUAGAAGUUAAUGUAGCAGAAGACAUAUAGAUUAAGGUUAGAUACAUUUAUCCCUGAGGAAACAAGCAUUGCACACACUAUACUGGUACAAUAUCUUAUGAAUUAGAUCUGCAUAGCAGUGUAUAAUAGGGAAAUCUCAGUCAGGACAGGUAUUAAAUGAGUUUUCAAACAAGAAUCUAUCAAUGGCAUUCUAACCUCUGACUCCUUCAGUAUUAAUGAUACAGUUAACAUUCAUUCCUAAAGGAACACUAAACCUAGGAAUAAAUAAUAAAAGUAAAUAGGAGAUAAACUUAUUGACAGUUAAGCAUAGAAAGAGCAGAGAUUUACUGUAAAAAAAUGAAUUCAAGUCCUACUGAAUAUUUUCACAUAAAACUAUAUAUCAGUCUGCUCAGCUCCUCCUGCUCUAUAACAUGCUGCCUGUAGAUCAGUUUCACGUGUUUCCUUUAAGCCUGACUCUAUUUACGUUACGGCUUCUAUAUACAAUAGAAUUCACAGUGCUCUACCAGAUCUGUCACACAACAGACCACAACCCACCCAGCAGAUCCCAUUGCCUUAUAAUGAGGUCUAUUCCACUGAGGCAGCCAUUGUUUUGAUGGCACAAACUGUCAUGCAUGCGAAUGUGAACAUAGCCUAAGUGGUAUGUACUAUGGGGGUAAUUUAUUAAGACCGGCGUUUCAGAGCCCAUUGCGCUGGAUCCGGCCGGCCUCCACAUAACUUUGGUGCAUCCACCACCGGUCUAAACUGUAAGCCAGCUUUCUUGCGGGCCGUCUCGUCCAAGGCAGGACGUCCCCUUCCCCACCUAUGCCACGCCCCCAUUUUUAGACAUGAUGUCAGCAGGAAAAAGUCGCAGAUUGCUGCGCAAAUAAUCCUUUGUGCCACAAGCUGCGACAGAUAUACACCAGGAAACUGGCGUAUAUCAUUUAGUAAAUUAAUCCCUAUAUCCUCCCUAUGGACAAGUAUUUAGACUUUAUCAGUCUUUAUAGGAAAUUGCAAAGACUGUUCCUAAUUGUCAGAGACAGUUCCGGUAAAUUUGUGCUGGCCACAAAUGGGUGGGACUUGCAUAAAACCAGCCAGCAAAUGUGUAGUCCUGAUGGAUUUAGGGAAUUCCCUGGUGGGGAUUAUAUGCCCUUAAUUUACCAAUUACAAUGUUGUAAGGUAUGUUGGAUGUCCACUUGAUAAAGAAGAAUUUAUUUUCGUCCUGUACCUCUUUAAAUAUUAGAAAUGUUACUGUAUUGCUAUGAAUCUACUGCUACUUAAAAUUUAAGACAUAUCAAAAAAUUGUGUAUUCUGGGUAACUAGCAAACUCUAUGAUAUUGCACUUUUGUCUCAGAAUUUGAUCAUGCUUCGCUGACACUGUAAUAUAAAUCUUACUUGAAAGACUGCAAAUUCUAUUAAAAUGUAGAAAGCCUAUAGUCGGCAAUGUAAAAUAUUCCUGUAAUAUAGUUUGAAUGACAUUUUAGUUAGCAAAUGACUGCAUGGAAAGUUAAUCAGAAAUACAUUUGUGAAGCCAUUUCUUAUGAUUUCUAAAAUGACAUGCACAGUAAUUCAAGAUAAUACUAAUAAAAUGAUAUAGCAUUCUUUCCUUUUAAGAAGCAGAACGUGUAUCUUCACAGUUGAGCAAUUUUGUAGAUUGUAGUUUCACCUUUCCUUUACUUAAUGCAGCAUUUUUAAAAGCUUUCAAUGUGAAUAGAGAAAUACAACUCAACAUUAGUAUAACAUUUGUAUGGUUUCUUAAUUUUUUAUAUUCAUUUGUACUUGUGAAAGUAUUUUACCUUUAGGACUAUGGGAGGAAUCUAUCCAACUCUGCUAUACAGAAUUUUGGCUUAAAAAAAGCUCCAGAAUACAGUUAUGUGACUUUUUGGGCUUAUCGGCACAUGUUUGUGAAAUUUUGUGUUUUUAUACCACUCACUCCAGUUUUGAAAAGUGUUGGGAAAGUGGCAUGGUUAGCCAGUUGAGCUGACUUAGGGCAGGAUUUAUCAACUGUGACAAAAAUUGUCUCAGUCUUACGCCAGUAAUGGGGGGGGGGGGAUAGAAAGUGGAGUAACAUCCCAAGACAGAAGUGUUAAGAUGGGUUUAAACUGCCCUGAUUAUUGGGGGCGAACAUCUGAACAAACAUUUGUUCCAGUUAAUCUAUGAGAAGUUGUUGCCGAUCACUGGAUGAAUGAGCGAAACACUCCUUCUUUGUGUAAAACAAGCAUUCAUGUUUACACCUCAAUGAGCAAUUCUGGUCAGCAGAUUGUGCUGUGUGAACAGAGAUCUGCUGCCUAGAAACAAUGAAUCUGUAUGGGAGUGAGGCUGAGCGAUAGCGGUGGUCAUCGUUCAUCCCCAUACAGUAGAGGGGAUCACUGCAUGACGAGCAGGCACCUGCCUCAUCAGGCCCUGUAAACCGGCUUUUAGUCUUAAGCUGGCCAUACACAUUAUACUUUUGUCAUCCGAGAAUGGUUGGUUCGGAUGACACACCAAUGUGUUUGGGGAGCUCACAACUCUUCCCUGACUGAUGAAGCUGGGGAAGACAAGGAUCAGGCUAAAUGAAUAUUUUUGCCUGAUCUUUUUGUACUACAGGGAGAUAAGUCACCACCAGAACUGCCUGGCAGUGGCGUUUUCCACUCCCUCCAUAGCAUACUCAGACAUGUUUAACCAAGCUGAACAUGUAUGUGUACGAGAAACCAAGAGGGAGACAGGAGAGAGAGCUGUCAGCUGACAGCUAUUGAAUGUGUAUGUGUCACGCUUCGGUGUGGGAGGGAAACACCAGCACCAAGCAUAGGAGGGAAGGAGGAAACAGGUAAUCAAGCCUAAGAACUAGGGAAGGAAGAUGGACACCUCCUAGUGAAAAGCCUAACCAAAAUCCUGACUGACUACAGGAAUGAACAGACCCCAAAGGUAGGUGAGUUCAUACACAGGACUACCUAGAGUCCUAUCUAGCCCUAUAGGACCCUGGUACUAAUGGUAGGGACGAGACUACCUGUUCCUCUAAAUGGAAGGACUAACAAGAGUCUACUUCAGGCCUAAUACAAACAAUAAGGAAAUGCAACACACAGAACCCAAACAAAAUAACUUCAAAGAGACUAUGGAAGCAUCAGGAACUUCAGCCGAGAUCCAACCACAAACAAUCCACAGGCACAGAAGCUAUAAACCGCACAGCACUAGUGGGAGAAACAAGGAAGGUUAAAUGACCACAUAAGCAACACCUGGAGGCAAGGGUGUGGCCAUUA